AUGCUGAACUCUGUGUACACGCAAUGCGAGGACGUUGAAGCACUUCUGGAUUCCAGAGGAAGCUCGAUGAUGGAAGUGAGCAAAACUGCAAUCAAGGAGUUAAUUGACUUUUUGGCACCAUUCAAAGAAGCAACCGACAUGCUCGAGAAAGACAAGCAACCUACCCUGCCACUAGUUUUGCUCUGCAAAACAAAGCUGGAGAAACAUUUGACUUCAGUUCCAGCUGAGGCACCAACAACAGCUGCAUUAAAAUUGCGGGCAAGAGAGUUUCUUCAGGGGAAACUGGAGCUUAGUGAACUAGACAACACUGCGACGUUUUUUUGGCCGCCCUUUCGCCGGCUGCGAGCGCUAGAGGAAGAUGAAAGAAGCGCAGUGUACGCGUCAGUGAAAACAAGAAUGUUAGCCAUUCCGACGAAUUCCUUGCCAUCUGAUGCAUGCGCUGGUGAAACCUGCAGCAAGAAGCCCGCAAAGAGGAGGCUUAUAGAUGAUUUUGAAGAGUGGCACGAUGUUACGGAGCCACAGAAACGAAGGGAUGGAUUGACAAGCUAUUUGAAUUCCACAGAGGUGUGCGAAGACGUUGGAGAUCUGUUAGAGCGGUGGAAGUCUAAGAAAGACGAGUUUCCCCGUCUUUCACAACUCGCAAGGCAGAUUUUGUGCGUCCCUGCCAGAAGUGCAAGUAGUCAGCGAAAUUUCAGCGCGGCAGGUUUUGUGAUGAACGAGCGCAGGACCUGCUUAAACAAGUCCAAGCUCCUAGUCUACCAACCCAUCCGCAUGGGGCGGCGACCCCAAGGUUGGGUACCCACCGCGGAGAUCGACAUACACUUGUUCACAAAGAACGGCGUGGUAAUCCCCCGCAAAGGCACCGUACGCGUGCUAGGCAUGCUCAUCUCGGAGAACGGCAGGAAUGCAGCCACGAUACACAAGCUGAAGCAGCACACCGCUGCCACCGUUCGGCUUAUUCAAAGGAUCUCAGGUAGAAGAUGA